AUGAGUCAAGAACAGUCACAGAGACCACAAACAAAUCAGUUUCCUGAGCAACCACCAGCCAAACCUAGAGACGCAGCCCUCAUGCAGGGAACAGAGAACCAAGCCUUAGAUCCUGGGCUAGUUUUGGACAAGAAUGCUAUAACCAUUGGAGAAGCGCUGGAAGCUUCUGCUGUAACUCGAGCAGGUGAUAAGCCGUUGGAUCAGAGCGACGCUGCUGCUAUACAAGCAGCGGAAAUGAGAGCCACCGGAAAGAAUCAAACUGAGCCUGGUGGGUUGGGAGCCAUGGCUCAGUCAGCAGCAACUCGGAACACUCGUACUAUGCCUCAUCAGAAAACAACAUUGGCUGAUGUCGUAUCGGGUGCGAGGGAGAAGCUGGGAGCAGACAAGGCAGUAACACGAGAGGAUGCGGAGGGAGUGAUUGGAGCUGAGCUUAGAAACAAAGAUGACAUAAGAACUACACCGGGCGGUGUGGCUGGGUCGAUGGCAGCAGCGGCCACGCUCAAUCAAAAGACGUUAGAGUUUCUACAAUAUUAUUCAUAA